GCCAAUAAAACGCUUUUUGCGAAGCCGGUUGUAGAUUUUAUUUUUUAUUUUGUUUAAUUUUCUGUAUUGUAAAAUACAAACAAGGUGGAGGUAAAAGAUUGCCUGCGCUUGCAGCCGACGUCCACCCAGCCAUGGAUAAAAUCAAAAUCGAGGAACAGGAUAGACCCCGGCCAUUUCAGACCAGUAUUAGAAUGGAAGAAUCCAACCAACUACCUUAUAAAAAUAUUAGAUUGCAACAAGAGAGUCUAGGACUAUUCAGUUCCGGAAUUGGAGCCAGCAAAUCGAUCCAGGAUGUGUAUGUAAAUACUAGUAGCAGUAGCUCAUGUAGCUCAGUUAAACUACAAGAUUAUACAGAGAGCGAAAAAAGAUAUAUUAACCCAUUUGCAAGUAACGAUUUUUACCAUUUGCUAGAUCAGCCUUGUAGUAGCAAACAAGCCGAUUUAAUUUUAAAACAAUUUGAAGCUGUUUCUUUACCUGUGCAGAAAGUUAAGAAGAUAAAGAAGCGGUUUCAGUGUCCAAUAUGCAAAAUAGGUUUAUCAUCUUUCUAUGUGCGUGUGCAGCACAUCAACUACCACUUCAAGUACAACCCUGUCAGUUGCUUCAGCUGUGGUAAGUUCUUCGUCAAUAAGAAACGGUACUUCCUCCAUAACGUCAUCCAUUGUGUAAAAAAGAGAAGACCAAGGCGAGAGAUACCCGUACUAUCCAUACCAGAAGAUCCAGAAGACCCGGAAGACCUACCAUAUCCAUUUGAAAACAAUCUCGUAACAAAUGGAAAGGUCAUUGACGAUUCUGUAAUCUUCAACAAGCCCCAAUUCGAGUGCGAGGUUUGCCUAGAACAACUCACCAGUUUCGAUGCUCUCCAGCAACAUUUAAAGAGCCACCCAAAGAGUUUCGACUGCGAUCUUUGUCCCAAGACGUUCACUCGAAAGUCCACUCUAACACAACACAAGCUAACUCAUUUAAGCCCGCAAUUUAAGUGCGAGAUAUGUUUUAAGUUAUUUAAAAGUAAGUCGAAUAGAAAUAGACAUUUACUAACUCAUUCCCAGAUCAGAAACAGCUAUUUCAAAUGCACUAUGUGUCUACAGAAGUUCUCCAAAACCAUCUCGUUCGUAAAUCAUUGGUUCUCCCAUCAAGAAAAGCUCCAACAACAAUGCAAAAGGUGUAAUAAACGGUACAUUAAGUACUACGAAUUGUUGAAUCAUUACAAGAAGGAGCAUUUUACCAUUCCUGAAGAGGUCACUUUUGCCUGUUGUCCGUAUUGUGAAAUUAACUUCACAAAAGAAUCUCUUCUCGAACAUCUAGAUACUAAACAUGAAGAACUCAAAGAGUGUGGUCUAAAGAAGCCUUUCACUUGUCAAUAUUGUCCUAUGUCGUUCAUCUCUGAGCAAGCUUUAGAUAACCACGUAUCAGUAGAUAGACGCCCUGUUCAAUGUAACAUUUGUUGUAUAGAGAUCUGCAAUUAUGACAGUUUAGUUAAGCAUCUACAAGAAGCUCAUAUUAAUUUAAAAACUCCCUUUCUUUGUGUAAUAUGUACUCGAGAAUUUCCAGACAAAGAUACUUUAGUCAGCCAUUUGUUGUCUGAGCAAGGCACUGACUCUGCAGAGUAUUACAAACAAUGUGAGAUUUGUCGUUGGAACUUUUUCGACGAGCAAGAGUUUAACGCUCAUUGGAAGUCGUUGCACCAUUUGUCACUUCCCGUUGAAGAAGUCGUGGAACACCAGGAAGUCAUUGAACCCGUAGUUGAAAAAACUGAGGAGGCUAAAGACGAAUUUGAUAUUGUUUAUGAAGCGCUGGAGAUAAAGGAAGACACCGUUGAAUAUAGCGGGUUUUUUGAUCUGUGUUGAACUUUGUUUUAUGUAUUAUGACCAAAUCGAUGCUUGUAGAGCUAUGUCGAAAACCAAUAUGAACUUGUGAUUAACUGUACAUACAUCUAGAAUGGGAGAUCAAGUUAUUAGACCAGUAAGGAUCUGUUUUUAGGUAGAUGUGAGAGGUGGCAUUCAGAUUUUUGCGGAUAAAGUUAGGUGAUAACUUCGUUAAUAAUAAUUGACUUAUGCUCCUUCACAAAUAUACCCGGAACAUUAAUAAAAAAAAAUAAAAUUCAAAAAUUUCAAAAAAUUUCGUUUUUUUCUUAUUUUUUUUGCUUAUAACUUUAAAUCGAUUCAUUUUGGAACAAAGUCGUAUAGGAAUAAAACAAAGAUAAUUAAAUUUUCUAUCAGAUGCAAAUGGUUAAAAAUGUCUUAAUUUAUCACCCUUGCUGCAAAAUAGCAAUAAAUAUAAAAUAAGGGGGCAAAACAAGCCUGUCCUUAUUCAAUGAUUUUCCAUCACUUAGGUUACACUUGGAACCUUCCUAAUUCGCUUAGAAAAUUUUUGUAAUGUGCUAAAACCGUACACCAAAUUUUAUUAAAAUUGACUUACUAGAUUUUGAAUAAUAAUUUUGCAAUGUAAACUUUUUUUAAAAAAUUUAAAUUUUUUAAAAUCUUGCACAACAAAAACUAGAGCAUACAAAGAUUUGUCAAUUUUUUUGCAUAUAAAGAAGUACUCCACCUAUCUAAUGCACUUUACAGAAUUGAAAUCGGAUUAUUUAAGCAGCCUCAGCAAUGUUUUAAAGUUAUAAACAAUUUUUUGGCUUAUAAACAAAUUAGUCCUGUGGCCCGGAGGGGGUGCUACGGGCUCCUUUAUUUAGAUGGACUUACCCAAGAUUUUUAUGUAUAUUUUGACCCGUAGAACACGAUUUUUUUGGGUAACAGUUGAUCCGGAUGUCGAUAAGAUUGUUAUAAACAAAGAACUUGAGGAAUUACAUAACCUCGAUUUUUCGAAAAAUAAAACAUUUUUUUGCAUUUCUUGGGUAAUUCUAAGCAAAAAAUGUUCUUACAAGUUUUUUCGUAGGAUGCAUAGUUUUCGAGAUAAACGCAGUGGAACUUUUCAAAAUUCGAAAAAUUGCAAUUUUUGAACGCGAAUAACUUUUGAUUAAAAAAUAAAAUAGCAAUUCUGCUGACAGCAUUUGAAAGUUUAAGUCAAAUUAUACCGGUUUUAAUUAUUUGCAUUGCUAAAAAUUAAUUUUUUUAUUAUUAAACAAAGCUAUUUGUUUAUAAGCCAAAAAAUUAUUUAUAAGUUUAAAACAUUGCUGAGGCCCCUUAAAUAAUCCGAUUUUAAUUCUGUAAAGUGUAUUAGAUAGGUAGAGCACCUCUUUAUAUGUUAAAAAAUUAGGCAACUUCUAAAUGGUCUACUUUUUGUUCAGAAAGAUUUUAAAAAAUUUUAACUUCUUUAAAAACAUUUAGAUUGCAAAUUUAUUAUGCAAAGUCUAUAAAGUCGAUUUUAAUGAAAUUUGGUACACGGUUUAAGUAUAUUACAAAGAAUUUCCUAAGCGAAUUACUAAGGUUAUAAGUGCCACCAAAGUGGUUAAAAACAUUGAAUAACAACAGGCUUAUUUGGCCCCCUUAUUUUGUAUUUAUUGCUAUAUUGCAGAAAAGGUAAUACGUUAACACAUUUUUGACCAGUCGUAUAUCAUACAGAAUUCAAUUAUCUUUAUUUUAUUUCUGUACGACUUUGUUCCAAAACGAAUCGUUUUAAAGUUAUAAGCAAAGAAAGCAGAAAAAAAUGGACGUUUUUCGAAAUUUUUAAAUGUUUUAAUUUUUUUAUUAAUGUUCCGGGCAUAUUUGAGAAGGAGCAUAAGUCAAUUAUUAUUACUGAAGGUGUCACCUAACUUUAUCUGCAAAAAUCAGAAUGCCACCUUUCACAUCCAAAAAUAGACGUUUUUUCACAGAUCCUUACUGGUCUAUAUUGGCGUCUUCUGGUAUAGUUUUGUUGAGCCUUUACGACGAAAUUACUAUUUUACCAUGGUUACGCCAGUCAAUGGGAGCUAGAAUAGGAUAUUACCUCCGAAUUCGACCCUAUGGCAUGGAUUUUAAUGAAAUUUUGGAAAUAGCCUCUGCUUAUCUCCUAAUUCAAAGUUUACCCUAUGCCGAUGUGUGCUUUUAUCUUGGGGGUGGUUCCCACUCCUUCUCAGGAGUGAAAAUUUUUUUGGUUAAAAUAACUACGGAAUUCGCUAGAGAACCUAAUUCUAAGCAAACACUGUUCUAUAUAUUUUUUUGAAAACUCAAUACUUUUUGAGUUAUUCGUGGUUGAAAAUUUGCCAUUUUCAUUGAAACAUAACACUUUUUCGAACGGUUUUUCGCAAAUACCUUAAAAACCAUGCAUCUUACUAAAAAAAACUAUAUAAAACAUUUUUGUAGGUUAUAAAAAUACAAAGAGAUGCUUGCCUUCACAAAUCUUCCACUUAUAGAGAUAUGGUAGGUGAAAAGAGUUUGUUUUUUUGGUACAUGCCCAAAUUGGUCUAUUCAACUUGAAAUAACAGAGAAACGGUCGAUUUUAGGUGUAUAAUGCUAUAAAUACCUUUUGAAGUGAUUGAAACGACCUUUAAAAUGAGCAAUAUUAAAGAUCCAUUUCAUUCAAACUAAGCGAGAUAUGCUGCAAACAAAAUUGAUAACUAAUGUAUUUUAAGAAAAAAUGAGAAGUGAUUUUAACCCCCAUUCACCAGAAUUUAAAUGCUUCGUUUUCCUUCUACAAUAUCUUUUAUUAUAGUGUUAUUUCUAUGUUCAAAAAGUUGGACGGGUUUAAAAUGAAUGGUUUAAAAAAAAUAAGAUCAGAUUAUAGAGCGCAUUUAUAAAUUUUCUUAAAAAUCUUCCUUUUUCUCCAUGUAACUUGAAAAUGAUAAGAGAUACAGUAGUAAAAAAUAAAAACGAAGUUUUUAUCUAAAAUAUCCCCACAUUUUUGUGUGGUAUCUUUUUUUCGUAUCUUAUCAUUUUCGAGUUACAUGGAGAAAAAGGAAGAUUUUCAAGAAAAUUUAAAAAUGCGCUGUAUAAUUUGAUCUUAUUUUUUUCAAAAACCGUUCAUUUUAAACCAGUCCAAAUUUUUGGACAUAGAAAUAACACUAUAAUAAAAAGUAUUGUAAAAGCAAAACGAUGUAUUUUAAUUCGACUGGAUAAGGGGUUAAAAUCACUUCUCGUGUCUUCUUAAAAUAUCAAAGUCAUCAGUUUUUUUGUAGCAUAUCUCGCUUAGUUUGAAUGUAAUCGACAUUUAAUAUUGCCCAGGUUAAAUGCCUUUUCAAGCACUACAAAAGUUAUUAGUAUCAUUAUACAUCUAAAAUCAACCGUUUCUCUGUUAUUUCAAGUUGAAUACACCGGUUUGAGCAUGCACACAAAAAAAACAAGCUCUUUUCACCUACCAUAUCUCUUUUUGUAUUAUAACUAAAAGAUUUAUGAAGGAACGAAUCUCUUUGUUUUUUUUAUAAGGUACAAAAAUAUUUUGUAGAGUUUUUUUGUUAGAUGCAUAGUUUUUCAGGUAUUCGCAAAAAUCCGUCCGAAAAGGUGUCAUUUUUCAAUGAAAAUGGCCAAUUUUCAACCACGAAUAACUCAAAAAGUAUUAAGUUUUCAAAAAAAAAUUAUAGAACAGUUUUUGCUUAGAAUUAGGUUCUCUAGCCUCUUCUGUGGCUAUUUUAACCAAAACAUUUUUCACCCCCGAGAAGGGGUGGGAACCACCCCCAAGAUCAUCGGCACAUCGGCAUAGGGUAGACUUUGUUUCUUGAGCUAUUCCCUAGUUACUGUGAAAAUAUCAAGUAAAUCGAUUUAGUAGGAUGGAAUUCGGAGCCAAAUACCCUCAUUGACUGCCCUAGGUGUUAUAUCGUCGUAUGUCUUUACAAGUCACCCAAUUUUACCAGAUUGACAACGAUUCUUUGGGAAUCGUAUUUUUGAGCCAUUACGAUGGAAUUACUGUUUUAAAAUGGCGUUAUAUCGUCGUAUCCCUUUACAACCGUGUGCAAUCAAGUGUGGUAUUGUUUUUAUUUAUGAUGAGAUAAGCAGAUCAGGGUAGAAAUUAUUUUCCUAUAAUUCACAUUAUUUUACCUCCCAAUCCACAAUGAUUCUUUGGGAAUCAUCACUUAAUUUGUUUCUCGCUAUAAUGUCUCAUUGUCGUUAAGGUUUUGUCUAUUUAAAGGUUAUGACGGCCUUGAUGUGUUAUUUUUGUCCUAAAACCGUCUUUUGGCAGUUUUAAAGGUUUAAAACUUAAGUUUUUAAAAGUAUUCGUUUUAUUUAUGUAUAUGUCAGCGAUGUCUUCAAAAAUAUUUUGUGGUUUUUAAUUUUUACCCUUAAAUGUACCUAUUCUCCCCAUUGACUUGACUCACAGAUUCAUUCUUCUUGUCCAUAUGUUCAGAUUGUUCUAUUUGUUGGUUGAAUUUUUCGCCAAAAUAAACGCAUUUCCCUUGAAAACGUCAAAAUACUCGAAUUUUCAAUUAAACAUCUGUUUAAUUUUCAUUAAAUACAUUACCCCAGUCUAUCUGUAAAAAAAUGAUCAAUUUCAUCAAAAUAAUCGUGUACAGGAUUUUGAAGGUUCUGAAAGGUAUAAUAUGAGAAACAACUGAUGAGAAAUCCUUGAAAACGUACAACUGUCUUUGCUUUGUUUUUUUUUUAAAUCAUAAAAAGUGAAAAAAUAGUGACGAACUACUUGAAAUUAUGGCAAUUAAUGAGUUAUUGAAGUGUGCUAAUUCUUAUCUAGAUCGACCAAAUAGUUUGUACACUGCGCGACAGAGAAAACGGGCCACCCACAAUAUGGGUCAUUUUUGAUGUCUCGAAUUUCCUAAACCUGUUGUCCGAUUUAAGUGAUUUUUUAAUAUGUCAUAGCCUUAUUCUUUAACUAUAUCGCUGUAAUAAUAUUGGUGCUACACAGGUAAAUUGUCAUUGUGUACCAGGUGUACCAAUCAAGCUGUGUUUUUUCUUACAGUUCACUACACCUUGUGGAAUAUUCUAGCAUUUAUAAAAUAGUGAAAUUAAAACUCAACUAUAGCCUCGGGUUUUCUUAACAUUCUGUUUUUUUAUUCAUUCGCUUAUGUUAGAUAAUAAAAAAGUUAGGUACUUUAACAACUAGCCUUGUUCUCAAUACAGGCUGUUUCUAAGUAAGUGCGACAAACGUUAAGGGGCAAUUCUGCAUGAAAAACUAAUGACCGUUUACUUUAUAAACAUAUUAUGUCCGCAAAUGCUUCGUUUGCGAGAUACAGGAUGUUGAUUUGUUUUUUACAAACUGACGAUUCAUUGUUGUAUUUGACUAUCGAUCUAUUGAUCUAAAACCGGUUGAGAUAGGCAAAUGGAAUUUGGUAGGUUUUAAGAGGUAGUUAUUGCUUAUUUUUUGACAUACAAUUAGGAAUUUUAUAUCCACCAUUGGCGUGCAUACGGGUAAUAUGACCGAACAUAUGUUUAUAAAACAAACGGUCAUUAUUUUUUCAUGCAGAAUUACCCCUUAAAGUUUGUCGCACUUAUUUAGAAACAGCCUGUAUUGAUGAAGGGCAUGGCUAGUUUUUAAAGUAUCUGACUUUUUUAUUCAACAUAAGCGAAUUAAUUAAAAAACAGAUUGUUAAGAAAACCGUGGGCUAUAGUUGGGUUUUAAUUUCACUAUUUUAUAAAUGCUAGAAUAUUACAUAGGGUGUGGCGAACUUUGAGAAAAAAACACAGUUUGAUUGAUACACCCGGUAUACAAUGACAAUUUACCUAUCUAACAACAUUAUUGCAGCGAUAUUGUUAAAGAAUAAGGCAUACGUAUUAAAAAAUCACUUAAAUCGGACAACUGGUUUAGGAAAUUCGAGCCAUCAAAAAUGCCCCAUCUUGUGUGUGGACCGUUUUCUCUGCUAAUCUCUGGGCGAUUAUUUACACAACUGUACUAGCCGAAACAGUAACUGUAGAGCAGGGGUGGGCAAUAGUAUAUUGUACAACAAGUGAGAAAAAAGACAUAUUUCUCACGAGCGCAGAAGUUUGUUGGCACGAGGCGAGGGCCGCAAAUCAAACGAGGGAGAAAUAUGUCAUUUUUUCAUGUGUUGUACACUGUACUUUUUCUAUGAAUGCGGUUUUGUCAAGAGUUCAAACUUCAAAAUUAAAUAAUUUAGGUGCUUUUAUAUAUAUUAUAUGCAUAAAUUGAAAUAAAAUACAUAUACAUGUAGGUAUUUAAUAUUCUUAAAAUUUAUAUACCUUAUUUUUUUAAAUUCUAAUUAAUAGGUAUUUUUGAACAGUUUUGAAAGGUAAUUCCUGGUAUGUUUUGACAACACACAUUUUUUGACACAUUUAUUUGACAACAUGAAUUGUGUUUAUAUUGUGCAUGUUACCAUGGAAACGUGAGAAAAAAUAUUUCUCACUGCAAUGGCCGACUUUUCUCACUGCCUGAAGAAUGGUUCGUUUUGAAUGUAUGUAAGUAGUGAGAUAAGUUGCAUAUCGUAUAGGAUCCAUAGAAAAAUACUUUUAAGCGCGGGCCAAAAUGAAAUUUUCAAAAUGUCUCCCGGGCCGGAGACCUAUACCCAAUAUGUACGCUGCGCACACGCAAAUGUUUUUGGUGGAUGUUUUUCUCUGCCCAAGAAAUUUUUUUGACAAAAAUACUAUAAGUAUCAUUUUAAAGCAUUUGGACAAAGACAUUUGACUGUUAAUAAUAAAUAAUACUAAUAAUAAAUUGUCAUAGUUGGGCGUGGGUGUACAUGCGAACAAUUUGUUUCCAGUAAAAUUACGAAAUUUUUAAUGGGGUCCGUUAUAUUAAGCCAUAAUAAGGAUCCAGAUAAAAAAUGAAAUUCAGAAAUUCAAGAGCAGCCUUUAUGAAGAUAAGGAAAUUUCUGAAUAACCAAAGAUUCAAUCUGCAAAUCUGAUAUCGAAUGUUGUUCUGAAGCUAUUUCCUUGUGGCAUUUUUAUGAUUAACUAUUUUUAUGGAAAAUAAGCCACAAUUAAAUUGAAAAAAAAAUUUUCAAUUUAAUUGUGGCUUAUUUCCCAUAAAAAUAGUUAAUCUGAUAUCGAAUGGUAAAACGUUAUGUCAAGUCAACCAUCAUCGACGAAAUUCAAAGGAGACAACUGAUCUGGUAUGGUCAUGUAGAAAGAAUGGACGACGACAGGCUGCCAAAACAAAUUUUAAAAUUGAUGCCAAGGGAAAGAAGAGAGGAGGACCGAAACAAUCCUAGCUGUGUGGCAUUCAGAA